AUGAGUCGAGGAACUUUUGCCAACAUCAGAUUGGUCAACAAAUUGGUCUCAAAGGUUGGACCACAGACCUUACACAUUCCAUCGGAGCAGGUUUUGGAUGUGUUUGAUGCUGCUAUGAAGUAUAAGGAGGAAGGUAGGUUAUAUGUUUUGGUUGGGAGAGGGAUUGCGGGGUGAUUGCAAAUCAAAAUGAUUACAAAUCUUUUCCAGGCCAACCAAUCAUCAUCUUAGCCGGCCGUGAGUACGGCAGUGGAUCAUCGCGUGAUUGGGCCGCUAAAGGCCCUCUACUUCAAGGCGUUCGCGCAGUCAUUGCCGAAUCUUUUGAACGAAUUCAUCGCUCAAAUUUGGUCGGAAUGGGUAUUAUCCCACUUCAAUUUCUGGACGGACAAAACGCAGACAAUUUGAAACUGACCGGAAAAGAAAAGUUCACCAUUGACCUACCAGACACUGUUAAGUCAGGAGAUGUGGUCAAGGUUCAUGUCGAAGGAGGUAAUGGAUUUGAAGCCAAGUUCAGAGUCGAUACUGAUGUGGAGUUGACUUAUGUUAAACAUGGAGGUAUUCUACAGUACAUGAUCAGAAAGUUGUCGGCUUAA